GUCCCGGACACACAACAAAGAAGACGGCAACUCUCUUUGUGUUCAAUUUUAUCUUUUUUCUGUCAAUUUUCUCAAUAAUUUCUCGUUUUGCGACGAAAUUUCCUUCCAAUGGAUGAAAGAUUCUUGCCCUGUCCCGUGUCAUUCAUUGAUAAUGCAAAGUUGAUAAGCGACGAUUGGGAUUCCAUUGUAGUUGUGGAAAAAACAUGCGAUACGAAGGAGAUUACCACUUAUCUCGAGGAAUUCCGUCAAUUUGAUGCGGAUUUCGACAAGCAAGUGUCUUGUUUGAAAAUUCCAAACGUCAAACAACGAGUCAUCUACUCUUUUGUCGGCGAUUUGGGCGAUUACGAUGACGUUCGAAGCUAUUUUGAGGCAGCUACGAAGGGUGUGGCUCGUGCAAUUGCCGCCGGAUCAACAGCUCCUUGCGUAAUUUUGCCAGAAUCCGCAGAAUUUGAACAUGCCAAGCUCUCGACGAUUUUGGGGGCGUUAAAUUUUCUGUAUGUUCCGAUACAACAUCGCGAAUUUUGUCCGAAGAGCAAGUCAAAAGUCGAUAAAAUUGCAUUUUGCUCGUCUAAAAUAACAAACGAAGCGGGUACUUAUGCGAAAAUUAUCGAAAGUGGCAAAAAUGUUGCACGAGAUAUUGGCGGCGGAGAUCCCGAACGUAUGACAGCACCCGCGAUUUUGUCCUAUGUCACAGAGGCAUUUGUCAAUUCGAGUAUUAAGCUCCAAAGUAUCCUCGAACCGUCGAUUUUUGUGAAGGAAUAUCCCUUAUUUGCUGCCGUUAAUCGAUGUGCAGCGAAUGUUCAGCGUCAUUCGGGUCGAAUUGUCUUCUUGGAGUACCGUCCAUCGAAGCCGGCAACGAAAACGGUCAUUCUCGUGGGUAAAGGAGUGACUUACGACACGGGCGGCGCCGAUAUUAAAGCAGGCGGAGUGAUGGCAGGCAUGUCACGAGACAAAUGUGGUGCCGCCAACGUUGCUGGUUUCAUGAAAGUUGUCGAUUUUUUGAAACCACAAGAUGCCAUCGUCAUUGGGGUACUUUGUUUAGUCCGGAAUUCCGUCGGAUCGGAGGCUUUUGUGAGCGAUGAGAUUAUCACGUCACGUGCUGGCGUCAGAAUUCGCAUCGGAAAUACAGAUGCCGAGGGUCGUCUUUGCAUGGCAGAUUCGUUGUGUCAAAUGAAGGAGCGUUGUUUGCGUGAAAAUCUGCCAAAUCCUCAUUUAUACACCGUCGCGACACUAACGGGACAUGCUUGCAUCGCUCACGGGACAUAUUCCAUCGUUGUCGAUAACGGACCCGCGAUGAAGGCGCAUCACGGACAAAAACUCAAAGAAGUCGGCGAAAAAUGCGGAGAUCCCUUCGAAAUUUCGACACUGCGCAAGGAGGAUUUUGCAUUUAACGCCAGCUCCGGAUAUGGCGAAGACUUGUUGCAAUGCAAUAAUUUACCGUCGUCCCAAACGCCACGCGGGCAUCAAAUUCCGGCGGCAUUUUUGGUCGCAGCAACGGGCUUAGACAAACACGGAAACAAGUCAACGCAUCCCCUGAAGUACAGUCACUUGGAUAUUGCGGGAAGUGCAGGCGAAGUUCCCGAUACUCCAACCGGGGCAAGCAUUUUGGCGCUCGCUAAAUUGCAUUUCAACUAAAAAAAAAAUGAAAAAUUGUGAUAAAAAUCCAAAAAAACGCAAACAUCACAAAGGUUCCUUACGACAAAUAUUUAUAAAAUUAAAUUUCGGGUGUUGGUAACAUAAUAAAAGUUUAGUAGCUCGGCACUUUUCAACUUGACAUGAUGCAUUAAUUGGAUGAGUUUGUGUGCACGGGGAGAAAAUAAUGAGAAAAUUUCGUUAGAUAAGUAGCAAUUCGUGCGCAUUUUAGGUGUCUGCA